GUAAAGUGCAUUGGUGCAUCUUGUGUGCAAAAGAUAAACAAAACAGUUCGAUAAAACCGGGUGGCACCACGAUUUCAUGAAUGCGAUGUGCUAACUUUAGGCAAAAAAGUACAAAAUCAAUUUGGUCGGAUGUGUUUCGUGAGAUAGCCCGCAAUAUAGGUUAACGUUUAACAAAGCCAGCCAUCACAGGGCCACAAAGAAUCAGCAAAACAGCUCCCCAUGAUGAAAUUAGCAAUCAGCAUAGGAGUGGCGACUGCGGUGCGCUUUCUGCUCAUGAACUCCCGCUACUCCAACGGAAUCCAGAACCGCGUGGAAGUGUCCACACCCAUCAAUGCCUGGAAGAGAGUUGAGGAAGGUGCAUAUCUGUACAAGAACGGUGUCAAUCCAUACGAUGGAGAUAUGUAUCAUGAAAAUCCAUUGAUUCUACACGCCUCACGAUGGCUAUUGGAAAACGCUCCAAACGCCAUUCCGUCGCUGUUCAUCCUGCUCGACGUCCUCUGUGGAGUGCUUCUUCUACUGGCGGCACGUGUCUUUAUUCGGGAAAUGUACGAAAAACAAAGGCGUGAAAUGGCUGGUUACGCAAAAGACACAAAGGAGCUGCAUCUCGUCGAAACCGACCUGCACACGGUACCGAUGUCCGUUGGAUUCGCGUAUCUCUUUAAUCCGUACGCAAUUCUGAACUGCGUUGGGCAAACGACCACCGUGUGGAGUAAUUUUCUGCUAGCGAUGUUUUUCUUCGGCCUGUCACGACGCCAAUGGUUCCUCAGUUUUCUAGUGCUCGCACUUGAAACGCAAAACAAUCUAUAUCCUUUCGUGUUACUGGCUCCUGGUGCCCUUCAUAUAGCUAACCAGGAAUCUAAGCCCGGUACUAGCCGGUUCCGUAGCAUAGCGAGCAGUUGCCUGUUGUUUUUAGGUGUAUUUUUAGGAAUCAAUUACUUUAGCAGCUGCUUGAUGGGAGGUGAUUGGGCUUUCCUAGACGCUACCUACGGCUUCAUCAUCAACUGCCGCAGCUUGCAACCCAAUAUCGGCCUUUUUUGGUACUUUUUCACGGAGAUGUUCGACCACUUCCGGACGCUGUUCCUGUACUCGUUCCAAAUCAAUGCCACGUUGUUGUAUCUGUUUCCGCUGACAUUUAAGCUUCACAAGGAACCAAUCAUGCUUGCAACGAUGCUCAUCGGGCUAUCGGCCGUUUUCCGGUCGUACCCAUGUAUCGGUGAUGUCAGCUUCUACCUCGCUCUUAUUCCACUGUGGAAAUCGAUCUCUCUAUUUAUGAAGAACAACUUUAUCGUCGGGGCCACGAUCCUAGUGACGAGUGUGCUCGCCCCCACCGUGUGGCACCUUUGGAUCUAUAACAAUUCCGCCAAUGCCAACUUCUACUUCGGUGUGACGUUAAUCUUCUGUACGGCUCAGAUUUUCCUCAUUACCGAUCUUUUCUUCGGCUACAUCAAGCGAGAGUUUUGCCUAAAGCACGGCAUUCGUGUGCUGGUGGACGGCAAGGAAGCCCGAAUUACGUUAGAGUAUUAGCAAUAAAACCGCCGAAAGGAGAGCUAGAAUAAAUUUAAAAGAA